AAUCAAUCAAUAGGUUAAUUGUCAUAAUUCUGAUCUUUUAAGGUGGCAUAUUUAAGUAAUGAAGACAAACUUUGAUGGACAUCUUAAUAUUACUGACUGUCCUUCAGAUGGUGCCAUUAACUGGUGCAUACGAGUUCAUCUGUCCAUCGCAGUCACACUGGAAUCUUCGAGCAAAAUCCAUGUGUAAGCAAACAACAAACUAUACUUGCUUAUUUGACAUUAACUUUCAAAUAAAUGUAUACAGAGAUAGAUGUUACAGACCUAGAAUUUUAGGUCCUGGAUAUAAAUACGUCUUUCAACCGAACUUAAACAGAGCAUCAUGUAGUGGUAAUCGAUAUCAGCCUUUUAAUUUUGAGACAGUUGGCUAUAGUGACUGCACCUUUAAAAAAUCACUUUGCAGCAGUUUAGGUCAGACGACGUAUGAAAACGGCGACACUACGGUCGACAGAAAAUGUUUAUGUAAUACCGAUAGAGGAUAUACUUUUAUCAUGAACUCGACAAAACAAUGUUACUGUAAUCCUUCAACUGAAGAUUGCUCCUGUUAUCUCGGAAUGAACCCAUACAACGAAACGGUCAGACUAGAAGAUACAAAAUGCUAUCAAGAAAUAAAAUGGACAAGAGGCCCCUACUCAGUAGAUGUGUUUAAUAUAUCGCGGACAAUACAGAUACACGAGUUUGACAACUACAAAUACAACAUCAACCAUCUUCAAACCGAUAAAUAUCGUAUCGAAGCAGCUAAAUUGGUUUUGAUGUUGUCAUUAGCAUACGGCUUUGUUUGUACUAUUUUACUGAUAAUCCGGAGAAAAUUGGGGCGAUGUAUCCAAAUACCUAGUAUUUUGCCAGAUGCCAUAAACCAACUAUCAGAAGAAGAUAAAAUCAGGUACACUAAUCUUAUUCAAACUGAAAAAACUGAAAAGAGGUAUUUUGUAAGAACUAUGAUAGUUGGUAAGGAAUCGGUUGGAAAAACGUGCCUCUUGAGAAGAUUAUUGAAGGAAGACAUAGCCGAUGUCACUAGUACAGAUGGUGUAGAUAUUGCUGUUCGUAGAUGUAAAAUCAACAUAAAAAAUGGAAAAUGGAUAAUCGGAAAAGAAAUCGAUGAUGAUAAGUUGAGCCGGAUUAUGAGAGCACUUAAUCCAAAUGCAGCGGACAAAGACACUCAGAAUAUGCAGGUAGAUGAGACAAAGAAAACAAAUUCAAGCCAAAGUGAUAAAAUGUUUACUGAUAAAAAAGAAACGACAACCGUCGCAAAGGUUAGAAUGGAUAAAAGUACUGAUAUCAAUGAGUCCUCAUUAAUGGUUAAACAUGAGGAUUUAGCUUCCGAAGCAAAUGUUAAUCAUGAUAAAAAUAAAAAUUCAAAUGAGCCUGCGUCUUUAGAAAUGCAGGAGGAUUUAGCUACCGACACGAAGGGACACCUUUAUAAAAACGAAGAUAUGAUUGAGUCUGCAUCCUUGCUAAUGCCUGCUGAUUUGAUGUCUAAUGUGGUUUCCAAGUCAACUGAAAAAACAUCCUCGAACCUUUAUGCAUUGUGUGACUUAUGGGACUUUGCAGGACAAAAAGAAUUUUAUGCUACACAUCAAGCAUUUUUGACCAGUACUGCACUGUAUCUUGUUGUUGCAGAUAUGAAGGACGACAUAAGUAAACAAGGCUUAAGUCAGUGCUUUGCCGAUUUUCAGGAUAUUGGAGAGUAUGUCGAUUUUUGGUUUGACUCUAUCCAUUGCCAUCGACCGGCCGACGAACGAUAUGGUUCUGAGCACUUCGAUCCUCCAAUUUUAUUAGUCUUCACUGGAAAGGAUAAAUAUGACAAGGAAGCAGAUUUUAAGACGAGAGAAAAAGAACUAGAUGAUCAAAUGAACCAAGUUCUUGGAUUUCAAACUAAAUAUCAUCAUUUGCACAACAAGUUUUAUCUGUCAAAUACAAAUGACAGUGACGAAGAAUUUGAGAAGUUGAGAUACGCAAUUUACGAGACCGCACGGAAAAUGGAAAAUUGGGGUAAAGGUUUUCCGUUAAAAUGGAUUCUUUUAGAACAUCUGAUUGAAAUAAAUUAG